AUGCUUCGCCUUCCUUCUGUAUCCCCGUAUACCCUCGGUCUCGUUUUCAUCUUUUUGGUGGCUGUGAUUUGGAGUGCCGCCAGUGUCUUGGUCAAAGUCCUUUAUGAUCAAGCCGAUUUCAAGAGUCCCUUUUUGUUAACGUACAUUGGUGGUGCCUUGUUUACGAUAUUCUUGCCGCUGGAAUGUCGCAAGUUGUCGCCGUCGUCCUCUCGUGAUGAUAGGCAAGCAACAGAUACUGAUAAUGAUGGCAUGAUGACGACCCAACAUGAUGAUUAUCAUUUGGAGGGUCUUCCUCCGUCUUUACAACAACAUCAACAAGAACCAAAACACUAUUGGACCGUACGAGAUCACAUUGUGGCAUCCGCCAAGCUUGCGCCUCUUUGGUUUUUGGCCAACUAUGCGUUCUAUGCCAGCUUGCAAUACAUUUCCAUUACCUCGUCUACCAUUUUGGCUAGUACCGGAAGUUUGUUUACCUUUAUACUAGCCCUCUGGCUAAAGGACGAACGCUUUCAUUGGUGGAAACUCACUGGCGUCACGCUCGGGAUUUUGGGAUCCAUAUUGACGGCCAAACAUGAUGCUGCAGCCACAAGUUCAGGUGGUGGCGGUGGUAGCAGUAAUGAAAGUACCAUGGAACUAUGGGGUGACUUGUUGGGAUUGCUCUCGGCGGCUGGAUGGGGUGGAUAUGCCGUCAUGGUCCGAGUACUUUGUCCCAAGGAUGAAUCCCUAAUGAGUAUGCAACUCUUCUUGGGAUGUCUGGGGGUAUGGAUCGCCAUUGGUCUCAGUCCAGUGCUGAUUUGGGAGCUAUUGCAUUUGUCUUCUAGUCUAUCGAUGGUCGUAUUUGGCUGCCUGGUGAUCAAAGGACUUUUGGAUAAUGUGCUGAGUGACUAUCUUUGGGCAAGAUCCGUCAUUUUGACUUCUGCGACGGUGGCCAAUGUGGGCUUGGGGAUGACCAUUCCGAUGGCAUUCGUGUGUGAUAUUGCCAUGGGUCAGCCAGACGUUCUGAAUAUAAUGUCGAUAUGUGGAGCUUUGUCUGUGCUUGGUGGUUUUGUUCUUGUCAACCUUGCACAGAGAGAUGAAGAGAGUACUCCUAGUAUUUCACAACACCAGGAUGACGAACUGCUGAGCCAUUCAUCGUCUGCGGCCUCUCAGAGGGGCAACGCCAAUUUUGUUUAG